UGUGUAGGGAAGGGCUUGAUCCUGGAGAGCAGCUCUAGUCUCAUGUGAACCUCGGGGAGGUCAACUAACUUCAUCAUCUUUUCAGUGAUGAAACAACAUUGGGAAUUAUGGAUAAGAACAUUGGAGAGCAGCUUAACAAAGCUUAUGAAGCCUAUCGACAGGCAUGCAUGGAUAGGGACCAUGCUGUGAAAGAACUACAGCUAAAAACAGAAAGCUACAUGCAGCAAAUACACGAACAGCAGGAACAGAUAGAGCUUCAGAACAAUAUUAUUGCAAAACUGAAGUCACAGUUAGGUGCUCUGAAUGCUAAUAGAGGUAAUGUGAAUUCCUACAUUCUGAUGCCUGAAGAAACCCAAACCUCCAACCUAACGUUCAGCCAGCUCUCUGAAAAACUGAACAUAGCAAAGCAAAGAGAAAAACUCCUAAAGGAACAAUUAGAAAAUGAGAGCAUUAGGAUGAAGCAAAUUGAGGAAAAGAACAAUCAAAAGGAAAUGAAACUUAUGUCAGUUAUUUCCAACCAAGAAUAUAAAAUAAGAACUCUGAAAAUCAAAUUGAAAGAAUUAAAUGAAGCACUGAAGGGUAUACAGAUGCCAAUAUAUAAAAUGGAGGUGAAAAGCAAGAAAGUUGUUCCAGAGAAGGAUGAGUUAUCUCUAGGGAUCUCUGGUAUUUCAUCUAUGUCUGAAAGGGAGAAUCUGGAGACUAUUUUCCAGGAGAUGGAAGAAGAAUGUCAUCAAAUAUGUAUGCUAGCCGGAGAACAAACAGACCAGCUGAGUAAAUUUAAGAUAAAGCGAGAACCUGAAGCUGAAAUACAGUUUUCCAUGCCUAUACAGUGUACUGAUAAAACUGAUGAACAAGCAGAAGAGCUUUUUAAACCUCGGGUUAUAAAGGAUAUAAAUAGAGGUGCAUCAUGCAUCACAUCUAUCACACCAAGAGGAGUGGGCCAGGAUGAGGACAACAACUCUGUAGAAUCACUUUCUAAAUUUAAUGUCAAGUUUCCACCUACAGACAAUGACUCUGCUUUCUUGCAAAGCACUCAGGAUAAACCAACAGUUCCUUGCACUGCUAUAGCUGAGAACAUGCUUCAAGAUCAUCAUUUUAACCUGGAGCACAGAGACCAUGCUGUUAACCUCAGUAAAUUGGAAUCUAACUCAUUCGAAGCACAUAGAGUUGAUCUCAUGACCUCAGCUUUACAAAACUUAACUAUUGUUGACAAAACAGCCCCCCAGAAUCAUGCCAACUUGCCCAUAGAAAAUAUCUGUGACAAAACAUGUUUGAAAACGACAGAAACUGGUCUCACAUUUGUACCUAAGCACACAAACCCUGCUGUACCUGAAGUGAUUUUUCCUUCCCUAGAAGCCGCCGGAACAACCAUCAGAGGUCCUCAACAGCUUGUUUGGCAGCCUCAAGACAAUGUUUUGCUGGCACAAGCCUAUACAGACUCUGAACCGAAUCAGUGUGGAAUAUGUGAAUUCUGCCGAGAAGCUUUCCCACCAUCUCUAACAUCUAAGGAAGAUUUUCUUCGGCAUCUGAAUUCCCACUUUAAAGUACAGUCUUAAUAUAUGAGAACUGAAUGGAUUACUGGGUUUGCAUACAUUUGAUUUUUGUAUUCAAUAGAUAGAUCUGCUAAGAAUUUUAGAUUUAAGACUUUCUAUAACAAGAACUCAUAGCUGAAAUUGUCAGAUGAGCACUUUUUAAAUUGUCAUCUGACAAGGUAAAAUGAAAACAUAAGUCACUCGGGACUGUAAUUCGCAUUAUUACUUGUAUUACUUGUUGUGCUUCAAUAUUACCUUUGAGAUUGAUGUUAAAAACUGAGUUUAGUUUGGGUUUUUUUUUUUUUUUUUUCUCCUUAAUUAAUGCUUGCCGGAAUAACCCCAAAGUCGUGCUCAUGUGCACGAAUACAGAUUUACAGUAGCAAGACCUUCAUCUGGGAAGGCUGGUAUCACAUUUGGAUUUUUUCUUAGCAGCUACUGACAUUCUGUUCUUAAAGUAAACUGAGAGGAGAAGUAGGGUCUUGUUUAAAAAUUCUGUUAUAUAUUUACCAAAUUUAAUCAUUUCAUUUACAACGUGAACUAUUUAAGUUGGAUGCUCAGGAGGUCAGUGAAGUACCUGAAUGCCAGGUGUGUCAAAAUUGGGAUAGGCUUGUUCACUGAUAAUAAAAAUGUCUUUCCCAUGUCAUUUUUAUUAAAGCCCAACACAUUACUGUCUGUUUUUACAGCAUAGAAUUAACCCUUUUGCUAAAAUGUAACAGUAGCAAUUUUAUGUACAUCUGAUAAAUAUUGGUGAAAGAUAACAACUUUGUUAGUGUACUUUUCAAGCUCUACAAUAUUCUUUCACAAAAAAAAAUUAUAUUGAUAUCAAGGAUGAAGUGAGAAAAGACUAAAUGUUUCCUUAAACCAAGCGUAUCAAAGGUGAUGAAAAA